AUGGAUAACGUAAUCUCAUUGAUAACAGAAAUUGACAAUAGUGAGGUGGCUAAUUCUAGCUUAUGUGAUGUUCAUGACAUAUGUAACCAAUCCCCUAAAUUUCAUAAAAAUGAUUUAAAAAUAAUUUCUCAGAAUAUUGUGUCGGUAUACAGCAAGUUAGAUGAUUUCCAACUCACCCUUGCCCAGCUUAAUUUUGAAGCAGAUUUGAUAAUUUUAACUGAAUGUAGAAUAGAUAGUGAUAAACCAAUACCCCAAAUGGAGAACUACACUUCUUAUUCGACUACAAACCAUAUAAACCAAUGUGAUGGUGUUGUUAUCUAUGUUUCUAGAAAACACAGUGUCAAUGUCAAAGAAAUUAUUCUAACACAUGCAUCCUGCCUCCAAAUUUUAUUUUGUGGAGUUACCGUGCUAGGAAUAUACCGGUCCCCUUCACAUACUAAUUCCGAGCCCUUCACGGACUCAUUAGACCGACAUUUAACAUCUUUGAAAAAUUGUAUUAAUUUAAUUAUAACCGGGGAUAUUAACAUUAACCUGAUUGACAGAAAUGAUGCUCCGCAGCAGGAGCGUAAUAACCGGCUUUACUAUUUAAACAUGCUGGCUAUGCACGGCUUGCUACCUGGCCAUGUACUACCUACACGGUAUGGUAAUUGUCUGGAUCACUUUAUGCUGAGACUAGACAAAAAUAAACAUUCCGCAAAUAUAAAUGUAAUAAAUACUUCUGUCACUGAUCACUCCACCAUAUUCUUAAGGCUCUCCAAUAUACCAAAGUCAGGUGCUUCCACUAAGACAAAAACAUUCAUUGAUUACGAUAAGGCGAUAGCUACUCUAAGAGAUAGCACAUUGGUGGCUGACUUAACUUCAUUAAACAACCCCAACAUGAUUAUAGAGCUCUUACUAACAGAAGGUAUCCUUGCACAACAACCCGCAUACAAUUGUUCUGACAAAACUACUUCGAAUUAUCCUCACUUAACUUCAUUUGUAUUAAGAGAUACUGACAAUGAUGAGGUUCUUAAUGUCCUGAUGGGGUUAAAAUCAAAUAGUGCUCCAGGCUGGGAUGGCAUUCCUACCCAAUUCUUAAAGCUAACUGCUGAUAUAAUUGUCCCUAUUAUUGUUCAUUUGAUCAAUCUAUGCUUUGCUCUAGGUGUCUUUCCAGAUGCACUGAAAAUCGCUGUAGUUACCCCAGUGUACAAAGGAGAUGAUAAAACGGAUAUAAGCAAUUACAGGCCUAUUUCUGUUUUACCACCUAUUGCCAAAAUACUGGAGAAAAUAAUUAAUAAACGUUUAAUGAACUACCUUAAUACAUUUAAUAUCCUCUCCCCAAGUCAAUAUGGCUUUAGACGGGAUUUAUCGACAGAAGAUGCCGUGUUGGAUCUCACAUCGCUUAUUACUAAUGCUGUGGAUAAAAACAAAAAAUGUGCUGCAGUGUUUUUGGAUAUGAAAAAGGCAUUUGACUCAGUAUCAAUUACAGACCUUAUCGACAAGUUGGAGAAAAUAGGCAUAAGAGGAAUUCCCUUGAAAUUAUUCAAAGACUAUUUAUGCAAUCGAAAACAGAGUGUAAAAAUAGGAAAACACCAAAGUGAACAAUGUGAAAUCACCUUCGGAGUUCCGCAAGGAAGUGUAUUGGGGCCCACUCUAUUCCUUGUAUAUAUUAAUAAUUUAUGUAACAUGGAUAUAGAAGAGGGAAUAAUGUUCACUUAUGCUGACGACACUGCUGUCGUUUUUGUAGCUGACACCUGGGAGGCUGUUAAAAAUAAUUCCCAAAAGGGCCUUGCAAGAAUAGCUAAGUGGCUCAGCGAUAACCUUUUGACCCUCAAUACCUCUAAAACUAACUAUGUAUGCUUCUCCAAUUAUAACUCCUCUCAACCACCUCCGACGUUUGCUAUUCAAAUACAUACUUGUGGCUCACCUCAUUCUAUAAUAUGCUCAUGCGAUUUUAUUAAGCGGCAAAACUGCGUAAGAUACCUGGGUACUAUGGUAGACCAACGCCUAUCAUGGCGCGAUCAUAUAGAACUAGUUAUGGCUAGAGUAAGAAAACUCAUAUGGUUAUUUAAAAAUCUAAGACACGUAGCUGACUCGGCCCUCCUAAAACAAAUUUAUACUGCUCUUGCGCAGUCAAUAUUAAUAUACUGCAUUCCGGCCUGGGGUGGUGCCAUUAAAACAAAAUUCCUGGAACUGGAGAGAGCACAAAGGUCACUACUCAAAGUUAUCCAUUUUAAGCCAUACAGAUUCCCUACGGAAAUGUUAUAUGCGGUUAGCGAUCUUCUGUCAGUACGUAAGUUGUAUGUACUGCAAACUACUCUUAGAACCCAUCGACAUAUUGGAUAUGAUCCUAGUAUUUUGAACAGACGUAGAAGGCAUAAUGUGGCACCUUUACCAACUUUUAAAACUAAAUAUGCUCAUAGACAGUACUGCUACCAGUCUGCUAACUUAUAUAAUAAAUUAAACAAGGAAUUAAAUCUAUAUAAUAUGAAUAAAUAUAAAUGUAAAAUAACUAUAAAUUGUUGGUUAAAAACUCAAACCUAUGAAGAAGUUGAAUCUAUUAUCUAA